AUGGCGGACCCAGUUGCGAUCCAAGAGGAGAUCGCAGCCAUUGAAAAGCGCAUUGAGGAGGCGCAGGCACAGCUCAAGGAUGCGAAACUGAGGCUAAAACAAGCGCAAGAUGCGGCGUUUGUUGAUCCCAGCGCCAACAUGUCGGAGGAGGAGAAGAUGGCGCUCAUCAAGGUCAAUCUGGCCGAGGUGUUGAACCCAGAGAUUAUGGACGAGGCGUUGAAAAAGCAGGGUCAUUUGAAGGUCUACUGGGGCACUGCGACCACUGGAAGGCCACAUUGUGGAUACUUUGUGCCCAUCCUCAAGAUUGCCCAGUUCCUCGCAGCUGGCUGUCAUGUCAAGAUCCUCCUGGCUGACAUACACGGCUUCCUCGACAACCUAAAGGCGCCCAUUGAGCUCGUCAAGUUCCGCGCAGAAUACUACCGCUACACGAUCAGAGCCCUUCUCAAAGCGGUCAAGGUCCCCAUUGACAAACUCGAAUUCGUCCUCGGGUCAAGCUACGAACUAAACGCAGACUACACAAUGGACCUGCUCCGUCUCGCCUCGAUAACCAGCGAAAGCGCGGCGAAAAAAGCAGGCGCCGAAGUGGUCAAGCAGACGGAAAACGCACCCCUAAGUGGGCUCAUCUACCCCCUUAUGCAAGCACUGGACGAGCAAUACCUCGACGUCGACGUCCAAUUUGGCGGUGUCGACCAACGCAAAAUCUUCGCCCUCGCCAAAGACGUGCUCCCCAAAAUCGGCUACAAAGAGCGCGCCCACCUAAUGAACCCCAUGGUCCCCGGCCUCCAGGGCGGCAAAAUGAGCGCCUCGGACCCAGACUCGAAAAUCGACGUGCUGGACAACGCCGACAUUGUCAAGCGCAAACUGAAAAAGGCAUUCGCGCCGCCCAAGAUUGUCGACGACAACGGCGUCCUCAGCUUCGUCGAAUACGUCCUCCUCCCCGCCGGCCACCUCAUCCACGGCGAACAGAAAUUCAUCGUUCCCCGUCGCGACGCCGAACCCCUCGUCUACACAAACAUUGCAGACAUGCAGUCAGACUACGCAAACGACAUUCUCAUCCCCCAGGACCUCAAGCCCGCCGUCACCGACGCCCUUAAUAAGCUGCUCGAGCCCGUUCAGGCAGAGUUCCAGGCUACGCCUGCUUGGCAGCAUAUCGAGCAACAGGCGUAUCCGCCGCCGCCGGUGGAGAAGAAGAAGGAGAAGAAGAAGAAGGAUAAGGGGUCGUUUCAUCCCAAGAAGGUCGAGGCGAAGCCGGAUGGGCAUGUCGAGGGUGCGGAUAAGGCAAAGGUUGAUGUUGGGGAGCAGGUUGGGGAGCAGGCGGUGCGGGGGCUGACGUUGGGAGAGAAGGAGGCGUAA